CAGCAUCAGCGUGAGAUUUGGACGAAGAGGCGAACAUGUGGUGGACUCGCGGGAACUUCGUGGCGCUCGUGGCGGCGCUCGUGGCGCUCUCCUUCUUCUGCCCAGAGGCCGACUGCGCAGCCGCGCCCGGCUGCCGGGCCGUCGUCGAGGAGUCUCAAGGGCCGCCGAGGGGGAUUUUCAUGAAGGGGGGGGACGCAUCCGACUUCUUCAGACGACGCAGCAGGAGAGCGGUCAAGUCCCCCGAUGAGCUCAACGCCGAGCAGAGGCAAGUUCUGGCCGCCGACGAGCGCAGGAGAGAGUUCCACGAGGAGAAGAGGAACGAGUUUGAGAACUAUGUGGAAGAGGUGGAUGACGAACAAAACGAGAGGAGCCGCGAGAGCACGGAGCAGUGGCGCGAGUUUCACUACGACGGGAUGCACCCCCCUUACGAGUAGAAGCGCCAAAGCGUCUGAAAGUGGCAUGGCAAAAAGGCACCCGCAAAGUCUUUCUUGUUU